AUGGCGCCUAACAACAAGCCUUCUCCGCGGCUGGGCACCAAGCAACGAUCGACACCUGCUGUGUUCACCAGAGGAAGCUCAGCACCCUCUCUGCAGGAGAAACGGUGCCGGAAGCAUCGCGUGGCUGGGACCAUCCUCAGUCUGUGUUGUCCACUCUGGGCUUCUUGUCCACCCAACCUGGCUUCCGUGUCUACAGGGAGGCAGUGGGCCAGCCCCACACUGCAGUCCGUGUUGGGGGAUGAGCUCCACAGCACCCCUUUCUCUCAUCCUCCCUAUGCAGACCUCAGAGACAGGGUUCUGAGUGAGCCCCUCAAGCACUCCGACUUCUUCAACGUCAAGGAAUUGUUUUCCGUCAGAAGCCUCUUUGAUGCGCGGGUGCACCUGGGCCACAAAGCUGGGUGCCGGCACAGGUACGGGGAUGGUCCCUGGCCCCUCCCGCUGUGGCUGGAUGUCCUCCAGAAGGCGACCCCAGGGGCGUGUCGGCCGAGCCGCAGGACCUCAGCGAGCGCCCCAGCCCUCGCUGCCAGCGAGCCCGAGGACUCCGGUAACGCUGGGCUCAGCCUGCGGAGGGAGGGUGGGCUGGCUGCCCCAGGAGUACCCCCACCCGCACCCCAGGGGAACUCCUCGAAGACAGCUGCACACCUCCAGCGGGCCCUGAACUUCACAGCCCACAUGGCCUAUCGCCGAGGCAUCAUCCUGUUUGUCAGCCGGAACCGGCAGUUCUCGCACCUGAUUGAGACCACAGCCCGAGAGUGUGGCGAGUACGCCCACACGCGCUACUUCAAGGGCGGCCUGCUCACCAACGCGCCCCUGCUGCUGGGCCCCGGUGCCCGCCUGCCUGACCUCAUCAUCUUCCUGCACACGCUCAACAAUGUCUUCGAGCCGCACGUGGCCUUGAGGGACGCGGCCAAGAUGAACAUCCCCACCGUGGCUGUGGUGGACACCAACUGUAACCCCUGCCUGGUCACCUACCCCGUGCCCGGCAACGACGACUCGGCCACCGCCGUCCAGUUCUUCUGCAGGGUCUUCCGGACCGUCAUCCACCGGGCCAAGGAGAAAAGGAGGCAGGUGGAGGCCCUGUACCGCCUGCAAGCCCAGUCCAGCACCCCUCCCAGCCCAGGACCAGACACCCCUUCCCCAAGUGACCUGUCGAGCUCCCUGUAGUCCCAGGGCUGUGGGAGCCGGGGCUGGUGCCCCCUGCUUUCCCAUGUCAGACUGCCAUUUGUCCCCAAACAGACCCUGUGUUUAUUCAAAAGGGUGGGCUGGGCCAGAGUCAGGGUUCGCAGCCUGUGCCCUGUGAGGGCCCCCACUCUGGUCAGGGAGGGUAUUCCAUGGGCCCCAUUUUUCCCCUUCACCACAGGCCCCCGAAACCCUCAACUCUCCUGCCUGCUGGUCCUCAGGGACUGUAUGACUCCCCCACCCAGCUCACCAUGUGGACUGGGACAGAAAUAAAGGUGACAGUUGGGGACUGUUG